AAAAAUAGAAAUUUAUGAGUUGGUAAGGCUGGUGGAAUAGGCCAUUUCCGAGUUACUCCAGCCUCUGUUUCAAAACGAGUCCUCGUGCAAAACUUUCGAAUGAAAAUGAGUUUGAUUUGCGUGAAAAUGGACCUUUAGGGGAAACACAGUUUCACAUGAAUAGUUUCGCACGAAGACUCGUUUUGAGAAAGAGGCAAAAGCCAACUCGGAAAUGACCUAUUGUGAUAAAGAAACUAACCUUGCAGUGGUUGCGGGAAGUAAGCCUGUAACUCGUAGAGGCAGGCAAGUUCCUUGCAGAUCAUCUCGGUUUAUUAGUGAUAUCAAUACUUGCUUUCAAGUUCAGCCCUGCUUUUAAGUUUGUUGCGAACAAAUGAACAAUAAUGAAUUAUUUUUAGGUGUUGCUCUAAACCAUGACACGAGGUUAUUGCGCUGUCAGGAGAAAUCAUUUGGCUCGCUCGCUUGUCAGAUUAAAAUUAGAGGCGUUAUAACAUUUGACAUUCCAUUCAAAUGUGGCAGAGGCUUUGCAUAUUUCGAUAAGUAAACAUUCCGAAAUACCAUUAAUUACAAAAAGAAGCGAAAGUAAACUACGAUGUUUCGAAGUCAUCUUAACUCCAUAAACAGGUAGAGAAAAUGAAAUAACGGUCAAGAUGUUAAUUUAUAGGGUGAAAGUUGGAAGAAUAUGUGUAAGUGUAACACGAUCUAAUUAAGGUUUUUAGGUAAACCAACAAUGCAUUGUUUAUAAUUUCAAAUGUGAUCUAUACAAUUCAGAACAUGUCGGCUAUACUACUAGCCCACCUUUGCCAGCACAUCGAAGACCAAAGAGCCUAUUCCACUGCAAGACCAUGGUGUCAAGUCCCUUGACCCGUCUAACAUGUUUGCCGUGCUGAAAGAAAGUGCCCAGGAAAGCAUUACUGUUGAAUUUACGAAGUGCUUUUCAGUUUCAUUUGUGAAAGAAAACCCAAACUCAAUAGACAGACGGACUUAACUCGUGCACAAAUAUUCAUCUAAGUUUAUUCCACGUUUUUAUAAUUGUUGACACGUAAGAACUCUUAAUAAGACCGUGUUACACUCUCUUCUUACACCGUUCACACACUACAAAUUAACAUCUCAACCGUUAUUUUAUCUUCUCUACAUGUUUAUGGAGUUAAGGUGACUUGGAGACGUCGUAGUUUACUCUCGCUUCUUUUUGUAAUUACUUAUGUAUUUAAUCCAACAUGAUCAAAGGCUGCCGUUUCAUUCUGGAAUGUCUUUGGUAAAUGAUGGGUCACGUGAUGGGUCACGUGAUGGGUCACGUGAUGGUGGGUAGUACGAAUUCUCGAACUUAUUAGUGCGCCUGCGUAAAGUCAUCGCAUCUCACGCGACGUGUCACGUCAGUCACGUUUUGGAGUCCGAGAGUCUUAGAGACUGGGACUGCUUCCAAAGUAGAAAUACGUGUUCGUCCUUAUAUUCUGUCUCUUACUAUUUACUUAUAAGGCAAACUGGUAUCUUUUUGGCUUUCGUGCGGUUUCAACAAAACCUAAAACGAGACACGCACGAAACACUUUCUUACAAACCGUUUUAAAAACUGCUCUUUUUGUAGGCCCUUUGUCUAGAAUUAAUUAUCAUUUUACUUUCUUUUCACUUUCUUGCUGUUUAUAAUAAAAAUUUUCCCACAAAUAUCGACAUUAUACAGGUUCAACGGUCUCCUCGUUAUUAUUUUCUAUCCUUCGGAUUUUCUUGGUUUGCGUUGCGUGUUUACAGGUGUUAAAACUCGGUCUGUAUAAUCGCCAAUUAUAAGUACUGAAAUAGUGGAUUCAAAUUCAUGAAAUUAGUCGUGGAUGUGAACAUAAUCUGUACCUAGUUAAGCUAAAAUCAAAGGAAAUAUUUGAAGUAAAAAUUUCAUAGCAAUGUAAGUUUAUGCCGUGCUUACCCACUUUCUAUAAUCGUGGCAAACUCUAUUGUUUUAUUUUUUCGGUUUCGUAGCCAUGCGUGUAGUUUAUCGCUCUGAUUACGAGCCAAUUUGGAUAUUUUAAUUAUUUUUCUUGGCAUUUUCUCACUUUUAUCUUCGCUCUGUCUCACAGCACCCAAUCAGCGAUUUUCAAAUUGGAUUGACAACGAUUAUUCCUCGAAUGUUGCGACAAGCUGGCAAAAAAAUACGGCAUAAUUGAAAACUUUUUAUGUGUAAACGAAAUAAUUAAAAUAGAAUUGAUGAGGAAACGAACUAAUAUAAUGCGUUCUGUUGUAGCUCUUUUGGAGGACUGAAUGCUUUGUCUUCCCGUUUGUUUCACUAUGCCUUGGAUCACAAUUUUUAGCGUAUUUUGUUUGUUCCUUUAGUCCUUUAAUUCAACUUCCAAUUUUUGAACACAGGAUAAAUUACACAAAAAGACGACCAAUUAAAACAGUAUUCAUUCGAAGGGGAAAACCUCGUGAAUACAACUAUGUUUUAUUCUCCUCCGUAUAUUUGAAAAGCUGUUUUACACUCUCUUGUCACGUUCUGACCAAGAAACUCAGUGAAAUAUGAAACAACUUGCGUAAAAAGGUCAUCUGAUUGUAAAAUCAAAUGGUUUUAAAAAAUGUUCUCUAUAUGGAUCAGCCAAUUUUCUGCGAAUGUUUUGAAAACCUUACUUUUUCUCUGUGUUUGAACAAACCAUGAAAACACAAAAGGCUAUUUGGAAACGUUUUUAACGUCUUGGAUCACAAUUCCAUUUGAAGGAGUUGAGUGUUUUCCUUUCUGACAACGGAUAUGAAAAUGGUAAUUAUCAGAGGCCUUCAAACAAACAAAAGAUUUUAAAUGCAGAUGUUUUAUUUUCUCUCGAUAUUUUCAACUCCUAAGGUAAAUUUGCUUUGUAAAAUGUUUACAGACGAAAGCAAAACAGAACUGGGUAUUGUCCUUUCUUGCAGUUAAUUCGAGAAUAGAUUCACUGACUUUCUUUCUAUGUUUAUUUAUCAGUAUGGAUGCUCGAAUAAUUAUACAAUUUUCUUUCGUGUCUUCGUUUACGUGUGUAUAACGAUGCACAACACAGAAGGAAAACGAUGUUUUGAAGGUAAACCAUGCAUCAAAGAACAUUCAAAUUUGCAUUAAUUCACAAAAGGCGUAUUGCAAAAGGUCCUACAUUGCAGCCGCUUAUUAAAAUUGUCGCCAUUCUCUUAUUGUGUAGGAGCCAAAUUGGACAACCCCCACCAAAAAGGAAUCAAUUCUGAUUAUAAUUGUCCUCCCCGCCGGCUGUGUACAUGAAUACAUUUUCGCGGUCUCCAAGGGAAGUUAAGGUGUGAAAGACUUCUUUUUGGAAUAAAUUAGAUAGCCACAGAAUAAACAUCCGGAAUCUUGGAGUCUUGCAGACCAUAGCGCAAAUCUUCAAUGGUACGUUUUCCUUCAAGAUUCGUAUCAAAGAAGCUGUAGUCUUGAAACUGUACUUCAUGGUUGAUGUCAACAGCAGAUUUAGUGUUUUCCAUUAUAUAGAUUCCCCGUCAAGUGCCUUCUCAGCGCGAGACCUGCUUCUCUGUUAAACUUUAACAAGAUUGUGGGUUUUGCUACACAGGAAAACAGUCGAAACGGCUCUCAACCAUCCUGGCCUUUUAUUUCUACUUUUGGUAUGAGCGCCCCCUGCAGGUUUGAUGAAACAAGGUAGCAAAACUUGUUCUCUCAGGAGAUUGAAAAGUGUGAAACUUUCAGUUUUGUUUCAUUUGUUGAAAGACUUGAAACGGAAGAUAAAUUUUGUAUGCGUCAAAGGCAGUGAGUAUUGUUGUUGGUGGUGUUAAAAACUGAAAGGAUUAAUCAGCUCGUCUAUAACAUUGUGCCACCGUUUAACACCUUGAUUAUUUACUGGUUGAACAAUAUCACUCCGCCCCGCCAGAGCGGCGUAGUUUCCAUAACAGCCUUCUUCGUUUGUCGAUGUACGUGUGGCUUUCGGGAAAAGAAAAACACCACUGAGACUCUCAAGCGUCUUGGUUCUCUUUACUCUUGAUCUGCGCUGAUUUUGAUUACGGUUGGCCACCGUGCUGUGAAAGUUCUCCGCACCAAUUCACGAUACUCUAAGCUUUGACACCCGCGAGUUUCAGUAGCAGCAACCCUGGCGGCGAACCUUGCACCGGCCAUGGGCGAUAACCUAGCUCUUGUUGUAACGUUCAUCUUCUUGUCAAGUUUAAUCAUCGCUGCUAACUUGACAGUUAGUAUUAUAGUUUACCAGCGUAAGAGCAUGCGGACGUACACAAACGGGUUUGUUGUAUCGCUUGCAUUUAGCGAUCUGUUGAUUGGAAGUGUCUUAAUUCCCGCGGCGCUUGUUUCUCUAGCUUCACCCGCCAUGGACUACUUAGUUUCCAUCACGCUUCUCUCUGGUGUCUUUAACCUGGCAGCUGUGACUUUCGAUCGUUAUGUGUCCGUGUUAAAAGCCCUGGAGUACGAAAACAUCAUGAGAAGGAACUUUACGAGAAUGAUUAUUGCAAGUUGGUUGCUGGCAAUCUUCAUAUCUUUAAUCCCUCUGAUAUGGAACACAGACACCAAUAUGCUUGUGCACAAAAUCUAUGUCCUUAGCGUGAGCGCGCUGUGCGUUUUGUUGCCGUUCGCGUUUAUCUUUGCAGGCUACUUCAAAAUAUUUCAGCAAGUGAAAAGAAGCGUUAAACGCGAGAAAGCCAUCACCGCUUCUGUGAGAAAAACGCUAGACCGAAAAAACAAGAAUUCUUCGGAAGCAAAGCUUGCGCAGGUCUUUGUAAUAGUAGCUGUUAUGUUUGGUCUUAGCUGGCUUCCAGUGCAGUACAUGACCAUCGUGCACGAAAUCGGACGUCCCGACCUGAUUCCCAACGAUCUUAGUAUCGUUUCUCUGUUUACAAUCGCUCUGGGAUCACUUGUUAAUCCAGUUGUAUAUUCAUUUCUGAAGCCAGACUUUCGCAAAGCCAUACGACAUAUCUUCCAUCGCCGAAAGCGUUUUGCCGGCAACGGUUCCGCAGCUGCGAGUCUCAAAUCGACCACGACUUCGAGCUUUAGAUCACGUUUUACUUUUACAAGGAACACCGCCAGCACUCGUGUUUAAUAAACAUCAAACCACAGGACUAAUAACAUGUUCAACAAAGUUGAACAGUUCACUUUUAACAACUUCGAAAAGGUAGUAUGUGUGUGGCAAACACUGUUUGAGUUAAUAAAAACGGCCUCCUUUUCGACAACUUUUGUUUACGUCUAUUUAAAACGAAAAGCUCGUCAUAAUAUUAAAACGAAAAAAAAGGUAUAGCCCCGGGAGUCCAAUAUGGUGCCUUAUUCACCUGUUUACUGCAUGUGCUAAUCGAAUUAUUCCCUUUCGCAAUAAUUUAAAGUUUGCCUAUUUUGGCCUCAAGCGCCACUAUCUCUGCUCGCUUGAUUGGCGCGGGCGUUUGAAGAUAAACGAUUUUAAAAGUCUUCUCGUCCAAAGCUACAUUGAAAGCACAAAUGCAGGAUUACUUUAUGAAAAGAGAUAGCCUUCGCUAAUCAGCUGAAAUAAACGUUUUAAGGACUAUUACGAUGAGUUAUGGAGCUUCUUCACUUUCUGUUCGGAUGUAUUAUUUCUUAAUUUGUUUACCAUGAAACGUUUUAUUGUUUACACAGGGAAUUGACCGAUUAUUUUGUAUUAGAUUUCUGUGUGUCAACUCCAAAUCGUGACAAUUUGGUUGUGGGUAUAAAACAUAAAUAUAUUUUUAAGUUAUUUUCGGAAGUAUUUCUUUCAUGCCCCGAGCAACAUAACAGCUAUGAACAUUGAAGGGACGAGGCAGCUGAUAAAUAUAUUUUUUAUUGCGCUGGCAUUGUACUAGCUCGUUCAUGUUCUUCUCCAGUGUGCCACCUCGCUAGUAACUUCCAUUUAAUUACUACAUGCUAUCAAAAUUUAGAUUUACACAGUCACGGCGAAACUCUGUUAUUUCGGCUGCUCAAAGCGAUACAGACCAUAUCUACCGCGCGGGCUUUAUGAUAAACUUACUGACUGAGAACCCGUUGAACAGGUGUUUUAUUUUAUUUUAUUUUUUUUUCGUUUUAUUUUAUUUUUUUUUCUUGGUUAAAUUCUCGGCCUUAUAUACUCGCACUGCAUUUCAGUAUUUAACUAACAGUAGCCAAGGUUCUGUUAGCACGAAUUUUUCAGGAAUAAAGCUCAAUUCGCUUUAAAAGGCGUUAUCUUAUAAUUAACCCAUGAUUCUGCCUUGAUCAGUGACUAUUCGUUGGAAACAAUUACUGCAAUGAGGCUUUUAACGAGGAUUUCAUGAACUUAGCAUAUUUAUGGCCGACCACUCCACUCGCCUUACUCUUUCCUGUUUGCCGGAAAUUAAAGUUUCAGUGUUUGAAAUGGAAGACGGUAUUCAUGCAUGACCAUUUGUUAUUCCUAGCCAAUUGUCCACAGUCAAUCAGUUACUCUUUCGAUCGAUAUUCUUGGUUUUCCCCUCCGAGGGGCAGCAACAUGGCGUCUCCAUACAAAGCUCUAUAAAUUUAUUUGGGUGAAACACUUCUCCGAAUAACUCGCGAAUAAAAAACAGCAGAGACCUAAUUUUUGCGAGGUUGUUUACAUAUCAAUCAUCUAUCAUAGUUACGAUUUUUAGUUUUGAUCAUAUGACCGGUGAAAAACUGAGAAUUGAUAAGAGAUUUUUCUGCGACUACUUCGCGAUUUUUUUCGCGAUUUUUAAAGUUUGGGAUCUACAGUAUUCGUCUUAUUACUCAUUUGUAUCGUCGGUACAGUACGGAUCGAGCGUAGCGAGGACUAUUGUUAAAAGGCCAAGGACAAAUAUUCUUCCAUUACGGUCUCGAAAAGGCUUGGUUUAUUAUAGGAAGUUUAUUAC